UUAGGCGCUUCGCGAUGACGUCUGUCAAUUUCUGUUAACCUCGACUGCGCAUACACACGCUAGUUUGUUGUUGACAAAUAUGUGCCCAUUUUCGCCGAUUUCUCGAAUAUUGCGCUCAAGACUGCUACACACGCCUGGUUUAUGCUAUGCAAGGCUGAAGCGAAGCCCCCGAUCGGUGUAAAAACGAUUUUCCAAGCGUUCGCCCCCCUAGAGUCCCCAACCGAAGUGUCCGCCAAAUUGGGGAAGGGAUGGCGGAACGAAACGUGCGAGAAAGUAACUGUUUUCCAUCCGAUUCAAAGAUAAGUGAGCUGAUUAAAACAGUAACCCAAAUGCUGAAAAAACCAACGGUUGAAGCCGACCUGUGCCAGGUUUUAGACGAUUUGUUAGUUAAAGUUAACGAAUCGGAUAGUUACCUUGAGAAUGGCAUAUUUAACAUUAAUUUCGCGGAAGCGGCUCUCCUACUACAAAGUACGACUGAUCUCUACGGCAAAAAAGUGGAAAUGUUGUGGAAUAUCAUUUUUGAUUACCAGAAGCGCAUGAUAAGUCAUGAAAAAAACGCAGACAAGGAGCACGAGCUUGAGAAGCUGGAAGAAAGGAAACGCAAAUACAAGCGUAAAAGGAAAACAAAUGUUGCUGAAGCGCAAUCAAACAGUUUGGUUAAUAAUCUAUCGUUCGGAACCACCGAAGUUGAUUACUUGAAUCAGAGCUAUGAGAGCAAUGAUUUGGCCAAAGAGUGGGGGAAGUUUAACAAUCAACCACUGGAUAACAGUUCUUGUCACUUGGUAAUUGGCAAAAAUUUGUUUUUGCCCAAUGAUCCAGUCCACACUGAAGAUAAUGAUUACAUUGGACGACUGGAUCAGUUCCAUUCUGCUUCACUCAUUGAAGAUAUUUUUGAUCUAGAAAGGGAGAAAUUAAUCACAGACGAGUAUAAUUGUAUCACUGGGAUGAGGGUCGACACUCACAUAGUCAACGACUACUUGCAAGAAAACUCAAUACCGAGCAAUGAGUCACAAAAUUCUUACUCUAAACACUUGGAUGAUUACAUAAGCGAAUUUAGAGAAAAUCACAAAAAUCCGGAACACGUGCAGUUGAAAGAAAGCAUAGUGUGUUUGGAGCGGUUGCCUAUUAACGUGUUAAAGGAUCAACUUAGAAGAAUAAGUUUUGCCGAUUCGUUAUUUGACGAUGACAAUAUGAGCUCAAUAUCGGGGGCUUGUCCAAGUCCUUGUCACUCUCUUGCCAAUCAUGAAUCGGAAGAUCUGGAUCAAAUGAGCCGCACUUUGGAAAAUAGGAGCAAGUCCUGUAGUCAAGAUUCAGCUUUUUAUGAAGAUGAGGAUCAUUUGAACGAAUCAAGUGCGUCUUUGGAGAUUACUGAUGUUCCCCCAAAUUGUAGUACUCCUCAAGAGACAACUAGUGAUAAUCCCUCCAGUACUUCAGUGUUACCACCUCCAAAAAUCACACAAGAAUCAAAGUCUCCAAUAACCGAUAAUACGCUAUGUUUGGCUUCGUCUGCUAUUGUUACAAAUUCUAGGAUUAGUAAAAGACGGCUUCCUGUAGAUCCUCAGGAGAAAGAAGAAAGAAUCAAGAAACAGAAAAUGGAAAGGCGGGCCAAAAUGUUGGAAAAAACAUUGGCAAAGUUGGCAUCUGGCAUAACCGUCAGUUAUCACAAAUUUGAAAAAUUUUGUCGAUUGCAGUACAAACCAUCAGAUAAUGAAGGAACCAUUUCUCAAGACAUGUCGGAAUCAGAGGACUCGGAAUCCGAUUCAGACGAUGAACCCUUUCUUGGUUUUCCCGAGAACGAGCAAGAAACGUCAGAUGUGGAGGAUACGCUGGAUACGAGCGACUUGCAGCCGCCUCUCUCCCCUAUUCCCGAACCCCAUGUACCUGAAGAAAUUCCGCAAGUUCAUCCAUCAACUUCAAGAAACAUCCCCAUGGUCUGUGAUUUAGACGAGGAAGAAAUGUCCCGAAGGAACGUCCGGGAAUGGCGGUCUGGCAUUCUUCCCAAAUUGAAAAAAUUGGAAAACAAAUCGGAUUUCAACAUUCACGAAUACGGCUCGAAAAUCAUGGAACCACUUGAAGUCGGGGAACAACAACGGUUUGGAGAUUUGGUUCAAGGGAAAAGCGCAGCGGAAGUUACUCGAUUCUUCGUCGCAACUUUACAAUUAGCCAACACGCUCAACGUUGAGAUAAGUGGGGCCAAGCCAGGAGAGGUGUCUAAUGACACUUUCCAAAUUAAAGUUUUGGAUAAGAGUAGACAUCAUGAAAUGUUGGAGGAGUAUCAAGCGCCGUCCGAGGAAACGUUCACGGAGAGAUUAGAGAGAGCGAAAGCGAUGAAUCCCAAAGUCUCGCUACAUUCCACCCCUAGCAUGGGACCGCCUGCCAAGUCCAAAUAUACGAAAACAACACGCAAAAAGUUGUUUUGAACAUUUCGCCGAUUUUUUUCAACAGUAUUAGAAUGCAGCAAACAUUUAUUUUAUUUGGGGUAUUCACAACUGACAUUCCAAACUAUGAUUGCUUGGUUUGGGACCUGUCGUAUCACCGUUUGUUUUCACAGUAGUCAGGUUUCAUUUUUAAGUUUAGUUCCGAUACGAAUUAAAAUAAAAAUGACUGUGAUCUCAUGUUAUAGAAUAUUUAAAAAAGUACAAUCGUAGAAAAAUAGUAUUGUUUUUCCUAUUGUUUAAAUAUGUAUAUGAAAUGAAAAAAUACGUCUUGUAUUUUUACAGUUACUUUGAAAAUAAAACUUACUUAAAUAUU